GUUCUUUAUUCUUUAUCUUUGAUGUUAUAUCAGUCCAGCCCCAUAUUUAUUGGUAUAUCCCGAAGAGUGUUGAAUGUUAGGCCAACUGCUUUUUUCUUCAUCAAAUGCAAUCUUCAGUCUGAUGAAAUUCAACAAUUGUAUUCUAGCGCAGAGGAUGGCUUCGAGUCAACUCAGCUUUAUGCUGUUUCAAUGAGUGAUUUGGAAAACAUGGCUUCUAAAAUGCCCGGCUGCCACAGAGGAGGUUUUGCACUCUACAAAUUAAUGGAACAAGAUGCAAAUAAUAGCUAAUAUCUUCAUUGCGUUGAAUGGUGAUGUUGUAUCCUCUUUAUCUCUUGUAUGUCUGAUUUAUACAUGUUCGUCUUGUAUUCCUUGAUGUGCAACCCCAUGCUAUUUGAUAGGUCAAAAGAAAACUUUCCAUGUAAAUGAGCUCGCCUGCAGAUAUGCGAUUUAGUCAUAUCUCCAGUACGAAAUAUAAAUUUGUGUCAGGUAGACCUAUUAAGUGAGGUAAAGUGCCUUCUAUUGAAUGAUUCUUUUAUUUCCA